CCCCUCUUCCAAACUAUUCAAGCUCCCCUCGACCCAACCCCCAAUCUCACCACCCUCCUCUCCUCGAAAGGCCAACGCUUCUUCUCCCACCCCAACUUCACUGGCACAGCCGACCCCAACAACCUCGACACCUUCUACAUCCGCUACAGCUUGCAAAGGACAAAGGAGCAAGCCCCUCUCAAGACCCGUCUCAACCACCUUGUCCUAGAGCCGCUCUUUGAAGCCUUCUACGAACAAACCGACACCAUGCUCCAGGAGGCCGAAGAAUCAGGUAGUGCAACAGAGCAUUAUAAGGAGUUUGAGGGUGGUUGCUGGGCACAUUGCUCGGGACACUCGGCUGCUGUAAUUUCCGCGGAGUUUGUGGAUGGGGAGUCAUUAUAUUUCGAGAUGAAUGAGUUUGAGCGGUUUUGCGGCGAGGAUGCACAGUCGAUAGGGGGUAGGUACUGGCGGGACCCGAAGACGAAUAAAAAUAGGGGGCAUAAAAAGGCGAGUAAGGAAUAG